AUCGUUCAAGAGGCGUCUGAGGCCUAAAUUUCCGUUCACGAACACUGCGCUUUUCAUCUAUAUCUCGAUUCGGAUUACUGUAGAUGGGUUGGAAGAGUAUUUGAUAAUGCCAACGGCUUGGUAUUACAUCAAGGAACUUGGGGAAACAACUUUUUUUCUCGGCGUAACAUUAGCAGCUUACUCUUUUGGGGCGCUGGUUACUGCCCCGUUCAUUGGAGCACUGGAUGACAGAUUUCAUAUUACUAAACCCAUCCUCAUAGUUAGCGCUGUGUGCAAAUUUCUCGGACAUCUGACUUAUACUAUCCCAGUCAACGCAUACUUUCCUCUAUGUGGCCGACUACUAAGUGGAAUAGCUGCUGGUUCCAUGGGAGUUAUGCAUGGUGUAAUAUCACGGUACACUGAGAAAGAAGAUCGCGCUAAAGCGUUCGUGUUCUUUGGAGCAAUGUUUAACGUUGGAACAGCACUAGCUCCAAGCAUUGGUAGCGUCAUUAAUUUUAACUUUAAUAUUUUUGGCUGGACGAUUGGCAAAGGCAAUUCACCAGGGCUGUUUUUGGCAAUUAUUUGGUUCUUAAUGGUUAUUGCUACGGUGUUUUGCAUCCCACGAAAUGCGGGACACGAAAAUUUCUUCCCGUUAACACAAAUUGGGCCAGGUGCGAGAAGCGACGACGAAAUCGACGGGGAAUUGGAAACAAAUAACCGACCGAUUAUCGAUUGCACGUUUGCUUGCCUGUAUUACCUAAUAUUUAUGGGGUUUUUCUUUUACUGUGUCACUGUCUUCUACGUACCAUUAUUGGCAGCCACUCUCUAUCAUUUACAACUUAUCCAUGUAGAAUUGUUUUUUCUAAACGGAACAAUGAUCGUUUUUGUCGCCUUUCUUUUCAACUACCUUGCAGUGGAAUAUGUGUCUGAAAAGAAACUGAUCAUCUUUUGGAUGACUGUGCAGAUCUUUCCAAUUUUGUUGCUGUUUUACUUUGAUCUUACGUGGCACAAUCCAGAUCAAGUGAUAGGCCCGUAUUUUCUCCUGCCCCUGACCAUGCUAGGAGUGUCGUGUGCAGUCAUUCAUUCCAUUAUCUUAGCUUUGCUGUCUAAGAUAUCGCCACGUCAACAUGUCGCAUUCUACCUGAGUUUAGCAACGACCGUGGGUCAUAUGUCAAUUAUUUGUAGUCGCUUCAUAGCAGGUCUAACCUUUGGUGCUACAUCGAUGAUGAUCACAUUGAUUGGGAUUUAUUUUCUUUGGGUGGUCCAAGCCCGUUGGUAUCAUGUUCAAUAUGAAAAUUUUGUUUGCAAUUAAAGUCCAAGUACAAUGUAGAAUUUGCGUAAACUUUAAGUUAAACGAUUGGAUAGGGUUAACCUCAUGGUUUCUCCUGCAUGCAUUGACAUUGGUUUCAACCAGCGUACCUUGAAUAUAUUAUUUGAUUGAUUCAUUGAUUGAUUCAUUGAUAGGUUGUUAGUUGAUUAAUUGAUUAAUUGAUUGAUUGAUUGAUUGAUUGGUUGAUUGAUUGAUUGAUUGAUUGAUUGAUUGAUUGAUUGAUUGAUUGAUACAUCGAUCUCCAGGGAUGGUAACGUUUGUAUUGUAUUGAAAAUGUAUUUAAACACGAUAGAAUCGUCCAAAAUUACAUUGUAUAUAAAAAAUAAAUAUUCACGCGAGGAUUACUGAUUUAGAUGAUUGUAGUGUGUGGAAUCCAUAGAAGUUGAAUUAACCAACUUUCUAAAUCUUUUUUAAAAGAAAGAUUGUGCCGAUCGUAGGUUCAGUUGGUAAACUGCAGUAAAACCCCGCGUAUAUAAGAAUCUAGAAUUUACGAACCUAGAAUUUAAGAACCUAGUGUUAGGCUAAAAUAUUUUAUUUUAACCCUUUUAAAUGAGAACCUGUUAAGGCUAGAAUUUCAAAGCAUGUUCAUAUUUUAUCAAAUAGAGUCAAAACUAAAAAUUUAUAAUUCAAAGAAAAUAAGCUCUUCGCAAAGUAAUGAAAAUGACCCAGAACCCUGGAAAUGUCGUUCAGAUAAAUAACAUGUCUAUGUGAACACAACAACAUGCAAAUACCUGUAUUUCUUCUGUGAAAAUACUACAUGACAAUCUCAACAACUAGCGACUGUAAGCAAUGUUUUAAUUCCAGCAUCAGGGACUCAUGUUAGAUAAUUUGUGCAUAAUUUAUCUGAUAAAUUAUAUAUCACACCUACCGAAAAUGAGUCGCUUUUUCUUAAGAAAAUAGGAACCUAUUUAAGAGCCUGUUUAUCCUAAUUUCCCGGAAAGCACCAUUUACAUAAGAACCUGGUAAGGCUAACUUGGAAAAAUCUAGGUUUUUUUAUGCGGGGUUUUACUGUAUUCCACAUAUUAAUAGCUUCAUCAUGGCUGAAGGAGCGCUUUAGGUAAUCUGUAUGCGGCUUGAGGACAAACAGAUUAUCAGUCUCAAUGUCUCUCAAGCUGUAAAGACUGGACUAGUUAUAAGGAUGUUGUUAUUACACAAUAUUGAUAUUAAUUUUCUAGCUCAGUUUUGAUUUUCUGAACACAUACUAUACACGGGUAAAAAUUUCACAGCUUGUCAACAAGAUGUGUUCGCACUGCUUGUUCCCAGUUCUUGACAAGUCUGGGACAAUUAAUAUCAUCUUGUAACGAGGUUGAUGAGGCCAAGAGACUCGCAACAAGUUGUUCCAACAAGUCUGAUAUCGUUUGCACGUACUGAAGUUGUUGUCAACAAGGUCGUUGCAACUUGUUAUACGAACAGCCUGUAUUAGUCGUGCUGGAACAACUUGUAGCAAGUCUGCUACCGCCAUCAUCCUUGCAACAAGGUGAUAAUUAAUAACAAAGAUAUCAAACGAGAGGGCACGAGAGUUAAUGAGAGUAAUUGUUUUUGGGAGGGAGGUUUUAGGAAUAGAAAUAGCUUGAUUACCAAUUUUGCGGAGAGAUAUUCCGUCUUCCUUUAUAAGCAGCUCGCUGCCAUUGGCACCCGUUACACUGCCCAUUUUAGGAGUUCUGUUGUCGCGCGUCUUCCAAUUCACGACAAUAUAUGUAUCAGAAUCUUAAAAAGAAACUUUUCGGAAGAGUUGAGGUACCGGUCAUGCAUAUUCCCGGAUUCAAAGCACCAGUUUCACAUCCAACAUUCAGCAUUCCUGUACGACACACCACUUGACGAUAUUCAAAACACGUUCGGCGCCAAUUUCGGCCGAUUGUGGUAUCUGCACCCUUGAUAGAGCAACUAUCAUCAUCCAAAGACCCACCACAUAUUAUCUUUUUCUGCAAACCUAUAGGUGGGUUUGAUCAUUCCAACAAAAAUAAUCGGUUUCGUCUCGACAGUGAAGUUCCUAGCAAUGAUGAAAUUAUUUACAUUAAUAAUACAGAUGUUACUUGCAAUACUACUCUCCUGAUGAUUCUUAUCAGUUGGAGUCAAUGGUUGGAGUACGUGGAAUUCGGAGGAUUCGCAUUCUUCUACACAAGACGCUGGCUAAAAGAUCGACCUGCUACUUCCCAAAUUCGUCGUCGCGUUUUGGUUCACCCAGCAUCCACCAUGUGGAUAAGCGAUGAUCUGGAUUAUCGAUUCCGAGGUGUCGAAAAUGUGUAUCUCACUGGAACCCAACCUGCACCAUGA